AUGGAAACUAUCGACCCCUCCACCGGUAGACCUCUGCCUCCCGAUGCCCUUCAACGAAUCCUCUUCAUCGCACCAUUAGUCCACGUCUAUAACAUCCCACCUCUCACUUCUAAUAAAGGCUACGUAGCCUCUACCUGGACUGCCGACAAUAACAAACGACAAAUCUUCACUGCACGAAUCCGAAUUCUCGAAACAGCUAUCCCAGACAUAAAUGGCGAAGAGAAGGUGAAAGCAGAUAUAUUACUAGAGGAUCCAAGUAAUGGACAGUUAUUUGCCGCAGCUCCAUACACAAUAACGGAAGUGGUAGAACAAGUAUUGGAUAGUUCACGAUUUUUCGCAGUCAGGGUACAAGGAGAAGGGGGAAGGAAAGCUGUUUUGGGAAUUGGAUUUGAGGAGAGAUCAGAGGCGUUCGAUUUUAGUGUGGCAUUACAAGAAGUGAGGAAGACAUUAGGGAUUGAGGAACAAGGAGGUGGAAAAUCUGCAUCUGCGGGAGCGAUGAAGAAGGAGCAGGAAAAAUCGGAGGUUAAGAGGGAUUUUAGUUUGAAGGAGGGAGAGACUAUUACGGUUAAUAUUGGAGGGAGAGGUGCGGGCAGGAGAACAUCAAAGAAGAGUGGGGAGUUUGAGGAUGUGUUUGGUGGGUUUUCUUUACCACCUCCACCGGUUGGAGGAGGGAUGGGGGCAUUUUUACCACCACCACCUAGUGCACAGGCGAUCAAGGCUCAAAAGAGAUUAAGUCAGAAUACUAUGGAAGCCCCUUCAUUACCAGAACCAUCAGCUGAGGAGCUAGGGUUUGACGAUGGGGAGUUUGGGGAGUUUCAAUAG